UAUUUCUCUAAAAAGAAAAUUCCAAUAUGACACCUUUAAAACUUUCAAUAAUACUACUAGUCUCAUGGCUUCUAACAACUACUACUAUAGCAACCAACAUGUCCAAAAUUAAACCAGGACAAGGUAUUGCUGCUAGACUUCAAGUACUAGAAGGCGGAGAUGGAGGAGGAGCUAGCAUGCCAGUGUGUUGGAACGCGUUAUUUGAGUUGAAAUCGUGCACAAAUGAGAUCGUACUCUUCUUCUUCAAUGGUGAAUCUUACUUAGGAAAAAAUUGUUGUAGAGCGAUAAGGACUAUUACUUAUAAUUGUUGGCCGUCUAUGCUAAGUUCCGUUGGUUUUACUGCUGAAGAAGUUGAUAUUCUUCGUGGUUAUUGUGGCACACCUUCUCCUGAAUCUGCCUUGGAAAUUAACGUCUAAUUAAGAUAAUUUUUACGUGCAUUACAAAGAUUGAAAUUAGAAUUUUGAGUUUUACGAGAGAAAAAGUA